CGUAGGAAGGUGGGGUGCCUGUGCCGCUCUUCGUUUCUACUUUCCUUUUCCUUCUCUUUUAUCUAUCCUAUCCAAAGGUUUUACUUCUGCUGUAGCCGAGAGAGCUGAGAGAAUAUCGAAACUCUCCUGUUUGAGGCAUUUUCUGGUGUAGCUAAACCAAACAGUCAGUCUUAUGGCCUCUGCUGUCCCAAUGCAAAGGGUGCCUUGUAAGAGCACUCCGCCUUCUCUUUUCCAGGGUAGUUGUAACCACAGUAUGUUUAAUGUGCGCAUGCCACAUGUUAUACAGGGUUCUACCCAUUUGCAAUCAGGCUACUCCCAAGUUCCUACUUCGAGCUACCCUGCAAGAUCAUUGGCAUCUAGGUCUUGCUAUGCCUCAAGUUUUCCCGUCAUUCGACUUUCUAGAGCACCUUCAAUUAAGUCCCGAAGAAUGGUUUGCAACUCAAUGGCAGCUGAUCUAGAACUGCAGGCCAAGGUGACAACCAAGUGCUUCUUCGAUGUAGAAAUAGGGCUUGAACCUGUAGGUAGAAUUGUAAUUGGCCUCUUUGGAGAAGUUGUUCCCAAAACUGCUGAGAAUUUCCGAGCCUUAUGCACAGGAGAGAAAGGUUAUGGUUUCAAAGGAUGCUCCUUUCACCGUAUUAUUAAAGACUUCAUGAUCCAGGGAGGGGACUUCACCGAAGGAGAUGGAACAGGAGGAAUCAGCAUCUAUGGAUCUAAAUUUGAAGAUGAGAGCUUUGCCUUGAAGCAUGUCGGGCCUGGGGUUUUGAGCAUGGCAAAUGCGGGUCCUGAUACCAAUGGGAGCCAAUUUUUCAUUUGCACAGUAAAGACUCCAUGGUUGGACAAUCGCCAUGUUGUGUUUGGGCAUGUUAUUGAUGGAAUGGAUGUUGUGAGGAAACUGGAAUCCCAGGAGACAAGCAGGUCAGAUACUCCUCGGGUGCCAUGCAGAAUUGUCAAUUGUGGAGAGCUGCCUAAGGACAGCUGAUUCAUCCGUUGAGUCAUUGUGUCCCUUGGUUUCUUUCUUUUUCCUAAUUAGUGUUAACCGUGCAAAUCAUUAAGCAAGCAAACCUGUACCCCUGAUAUUAUUUGUGUUGGAUGAGGAAAAUUCAGAUGAUUUUCGAUUAGCUAGCGGUUGAGGAGAAUGUAUUAUUAUUAUUAUAAUCAGGAUGGAUCCAAAUAAGAAAGAACACUAUGGAGAAUAUGAUCUUUAUGUCCUUUACCCUUUUGGUGACA